AUGUACCGCUGUGAGAAAUGCAGCCGGCACUUUGACAAUUUGGGAGCUAUUCAACGACAUGCAAAGCGUUUCGGUGCUAGGUGCUCGGCGGUUUUUGGACCAAUAAGGAAUGCACAUGAAGAGGAUCAGCCAGGUGUUUCAGAGAAUAGCAAGACCUCGGACAGUUCUGACCUGGCUCCAGCUGACAGAAACACUAACAACACUGACAACACUGACAACAGCAGUGACAGUGAUGGAGGAUGUGGAAGCGGGGUGGAUGGAGCAUAUGACCCACAGUUUAAAUUAAUACAUUUCAUGCAUACAUGCAAUGGAGGGAAAGGAUUGUCAAAAAACGACAUGCAAGAUCUGCUCAACAUUGUGCACCAUCCAGAAUUUGAUGCAACAAAG